UUACGAGAACCGCAUUGGGGUUGUGAACACAGUCAUCACAGCCUGUGUUUGACAGAUACGUUCACAUACACGUGAAAAACAACUCCAUUUUUCUCAGGAAAAAGUGAUUUAAUAUAUACACAUUUUUCUUACACUGUGCCUUCUUACAAUUGCAAAUGGCUUCUUGGUGCUGUGGUUCCGUUCCUCUUCUUGUUUCUGUCUUCUUGGCCAUAACGACACUCGCAUUGGGUGGGAAUUUCUACCAAGAUUUUGACAAUCUCUUCGGAGAUGUAAGGGUCGACAUUAAAGAUGGAGGGCAAAGCAUGACCCUCACAAUGGACCAAUAUUCUGGCUCAGGCAUUGGCUCCAAGAAUGAGUACUUGUUUGGACGAUUCGACAUGCAAAUCAAGCUCGUACCAGGAAACUCUGCAGGAACUGUCACAGCCUUUUACCUAAGUUCUCAAGGAGCAAACCAUGAUGAAAUAGAUAUAGAGUUCUUGGGAAACUUGACUGGAGACCCUUAUCUUCUCUCAACGAAUAUAUAUGCUGAUGGUGUGGGUGGUCGUGAGAUGCAGUAUUAUCUUUGGUUCGAUCCAACAGAGGACUUCCAUACUUACACCAUUGAUUGGAACCCUCAUCGCAUAGUAAUCUUGGUGGAUGACAUUCCCAUUAGGGUUAUGUUGAAUAGAGAGACUAUUGGUGUUCCUUUCCCAACAAACAGACCAAUGAGGAUGUACACAACUCUUUGGAAUGGAGAUGCUUGGGCAACAAGAUGGGGGGCAGUGAAGCUUGAUCUGUCAUAUGCUCCAUUCGUGGCAAGCUUCAGAAAUUUCAAUGCUGAUGCUUGCAUUGCAAAUGAAGGUGGUGCAAGCUGCAAGGGUUUCAAUGGUGGAAGAGCAACUGGUCUUACUGAAGAGAAGAAGAGUGAAAUGCAAAGGGUGCUUUCCAAAUGGGUUGUCUAUGAUUAUUGUCGUGAUUUUAGACGCUAUUCACAUGGUCUCCCUUACGAAUGCCGCAGGGAAAAUUUAUUAGAUCAAAUUGAAUAGAAGUUCAAUCUAUCAUGCAUUUUCCAUUUAUCUAAUUUCAUCAAUUCAAAUGGACGUUAUAUCAGGAAGGAAAAGAUGGAUUCAUUGACUGAUAUAAGCUCGUUUGGACUCUCAAAGGCAAUUCUAUCUUUGGAUCCAAACAAAUUCUAUGAGGGAAGAUGUAGUUGUUAUGUUACA